AUGUCUUAUAAUUUAUGGCAUGACACCUAUGAUCUAGCUUUUCGUAUGUACAACGAUUCGGUUGCAACUCACCGAUCUGAUUUAGAUGUGCUGGACAUAAGUGUAGCAGACAAAAGCGCCCAAUUAAUUGGAUUCGAUCCAUUUACAGGUUAUUUUUGUGAAGUCAUGUAUUUGUCUGUAAUUAAGCUAAUGUUUUAUCCUAGGAUAUCCUUGUAUCUUUUUUGCUCUUAUUGAAUUAUUUUUUGCAGGAAACUACGAACUUUUGAUCAUGCAAGCUGAUCUAAACACACCAAUCAAUUCUCUUGUACGCGAUUUGGCGGAAUGUGACAUCGAAGAAAUCAGGAAGAAUCAAAAACUUGCGAAUGGCAAUCAUCCGAAAGUAAUCACCGUUAAACUUUUGCACGCUCUUCCUCCAUUAGGUCUGAUUAUAUUCAACUGUGAAUACAAAAAAUCCAUUGAUCUCGAGAAAGAGUUGCAGUAAGUUUUUCCAUGGAGUUUUUUCAAUAUCUUACGAUUGAUUAAUUCAUUUGACCCGGUUCAUAGCAAUUAAUUUUUCAGAAAUCAUGCGAAUAAGCUCAAACCAGCUCUCAUAGGAGAUAUAUUUCCGGGUGCAAUUCUUCUUCGAAAACAAAAUGAUAAAUUAUAUCGUGUAAUGAUAGUUGGCCAAGUUGGUGAUAUAUACAACAUUAUAUUGGUUGACCACGCAAUGAAAGGAUUCAGUAGACUCGAAAAGUUGUUUUUGUUAAAUCCGGAACUUGAUUUAUCUAAUUUUCCAUGUGCACUUAUGAUUUGUCGAAUUCGUGGUUUCCGAAAGCUCAAUAAGUCGGCAUUCAACAAAUUCAAAAAUGAUAUUGAUAAGCAUGGUCCAAAGGAAAGAGUGAAAGCAGUGGUUUUCAAGCAAGAUGAGGUUUGAUAGGAAAAUUUUUAUUCAAACCCAAAAGUAUAUUAUUGUAGGAUAACAACAUGGUGAUCGACUUCGGAGCAGUAUCAGGCGCAGAAUUAACUGCAAGUGAAGAACUAUCGAUUUAUAUGAAUGACGACGGAGAUGAAAAUGAUCCAGAAUUGAUAUCAUUGAGUGAUAUACAAAACAUGCAAAACUCGUCGAUAGCUGAUGUUCAAAUGGAUACAGAAACUUCCAAUAAUCCGUUAGUUCAGAAAUCGGUCUUCAUAUUCUGUUUUACAACAUUUCAAUAUUUUCCAGAGCUCGCGUAUUCGAUCCGCCAACUCAGCCAACUCGCCCGGCUUCAGUUUCAUCAAUAAUUGGUACAAAACUUCGUCUUCCACCACCAUCUCCUGAUAUGAACUCUUCAAAUGCUCCAAAACCGAAAGUUUUAUUUGGAAUACAAUCGAUCUCGAAUUUCACAAAGGAUAAUCUUUUUCCAAAGAAAACAUCGGUUUUUGGUAUUCAAUCGGAGAAACCUUCUGGUUUUGAUUUUGUUGCAAAACAUAGUUUUCCUCCAAAACCAUUACCAUUAUUUUCAAAUUCUGUAAAAGUGAGUCAAAACCCACAAAAAUGAUGUUACAAGAUGAAAAUUGUUAGAUAAAAAUUUGAGAAAUGGCGUGGUUAAUGCUAAUCUGUUUGAUUUCAGGAUCCUUCAAACACGGAAUAUGACUUUUCCGCAAAAUCGAACACGAAGUCUGGUUUUUGUGCGGAAUUGAAUACGGAAUCUGGAUUUGGAGCGACGUCGACGACACAAAGUUCAUUUGGCACGAAAAACAACACAGAAGCUGGAUUUGCCGCAAAAUUGAACACGGAAUCUGAAUGUGGUGCGAAAUCAAAAAUUGUUACAUUCUCAAAUGAGGUUUGUUACGAGAUCACAAUAAGCUUGUAAGUUUCCCGAGGAUUCCAGAUUGUUGAAUCGAGCCCAAGUAAUGUUCACAGUUCAAUCGAUCUCGAUGAAUCGCCUUCAAUGUCACCGAAAGAAAAUGAACUUGUAAGUUUUUUUCUUGAUAUUUGGAAGUUAAUCAUCAAAUUGAUGACAUCAAUUAAUUGUUUAGAAUCUCUCAAUGUCUUGUCCAAAUGGAGUCGCAAGAAUAGAACAACUUCUCACAUUCCAUUCUUCUGGUGUUCCAACUUCUGUUCCCGUUUUACAGGUUUGUUGAAAUGUUGAAUUUUCUCAGGGAAUUUGAAUUUUUGCAGCAGCCAGUUGGCUAUGAUGAAGGAGACGAGAGCGAUACCGAAUUAUUAGUGGACAUCAAAGAGGUAAGAAAAAUUAAAAUUGUGAUCAAGCAAUGAAAUUCAUUUUUUUCAGACAACAAACGAGAACAGCACGAGAGCUGGUAUGGAAUCGGAAAAAAUCGUGAGUUAUUUUGAAUGUUUUAUUAUUUUCCAUUAGAAAUUUUCAAGCUGUCAUAGCUCAGUUGCUGACUUCUAGUAAUCAACGAAAAAAUGUUUUUUUUUCAGCCUAUCUCCGAAGAACAAGACAGCAUUGAAAGAUCAAUGAGUAUUCCGGAAUUGCAUUCGCCUACGCGUUCUGCAGAUCAAUCUUAUAUCCCGAAUGUUUCCUCCGACCUUUCGCCAUUUGAAACACAUGAUGGGGUUCCUGAUCUCCAAAAAGAUGACUUCAAAGUUUUGGGAAAUCAUUCGAUUGUAAAAAGUGUAUGUUUUUCUAUAUUUAGUUCUUGAUUGGUUUAAAAUUCAUUUUUUGCAGCCUUCUGACGAAGAUACUGUGCAAGAACCGGAAUCAUCUGAGAUAAUUGAGAAGAAGGAAGAGUCAGUUAAAGUUGAACAAGUUUGUCCAAUCAGAAAUUUGAAAGAGAUCGUUGAAGAAGCAAUCAGAAAUCACGAUCAUUGGAACUUCUAUAUGAAUAUGUUGACUAUUCUUAAGGUAAGUUAAAGUGUAAAACAGAUGUAGUGAUUGAUAUAAAUUGUUUUGAAUUUCAGAACUUUGCAUAUAGCAAGUCCGAAGAAGAAUCAGAAAAAUGGAAAGAUCUCAUCCAAUUCGCCAAUAAGAGUUUUGCCGAUUCAAUCAACCAAGCCUAA